UUUUUUUGAUUAUUUUAGUUUAAUGUUUUUUUGUUUUGUUUUAAGUUAUGUUUUUAUUUUAUACAAGCAGUUUUAAAAUGAAAUCCAUUGUUCUAAGAUACACACAAGCACUUAGCAAAUAUCCAUUUGCAACAACAAUGGCAACUACUGGUACGAUAAGCUGCUUUGGAGAUUUGAUAGCCCAACAAGUUAUUGAACAACGUGGUUUUCACAAUCAUCAAAUGAGACGGACUUUAAAGCUUACUUGUAUGGGUUUUUUUAUGGUUGCACCGACAUUACGAUGCUGGUAUCUUACACUUGAUAAACUUUUUAAAGGAAAUAAAGUUCGAGUAGCAAUCCAGAAAAUGAUACUUGAUCAAACUUUAUUUGCUCCAUUUUUUAUUGGGAACUUUUUAAUAGUUGCAGAUGCACUUGAAAAUAAAUCAAUUGAACAAAUAAUAAAUAAACUUAAGUCAUCAUAUUUUCAAACACUUAAAAUGAACUGGCUCAUUUGGCCACCUGUUCAGAUAGCAAACUUUUAUUAUAUUCCACUUGAACAUAGAGUUUUAUUUUCCAACAUGGCAGCCCUUAUUUGGAACACUUAUCUAUCUUGGGUUGUUAAUAAACAAAACUAGUGUAAAUUUUUAUUUUGUGGUUUUUACAAAAUAUUUUUA